GAACAGAACAUGUUUGGGCCAUUGUGGAGAAUGGGGUCCAUAGUGAAUGUGGCUGACAACAGCUUGAUUGAACAAGUUUUGCGUCAGGAAGGGAAGUAUCCCUUGCGCGUGGUUGAGAACCCCUGGAAAGAACAACGAAAAGUACGGGGACUGGCAAAUGGUCUCAUUACUGCGGACGGUGAGGACUGGUACAGACUGCGGGCCUUGCUCAACAAAAGGAUGCUGAAGCCACAGGACGCUGCACUAUAUCAGGGUGUUAUCAACGAGGUAGCAACUGAUUUCAUCAACCGAAUCCAGAGUCUGCGCUCGGCAAGUGGAUCUGGGGUCAUGGUGCACAACAUUACUAAGGAACUGCAGAAGUACACCUUUGAAGUAAUUGCUGCUAUCCUGCUUGAGAUCCGCCUGGGCUGUCUGCAGGAGAAGGUUCCAGAAGAAACGCAGAAAUUCAUCAAUUCUGUCAGGACUAUGUUCCGUGCGCUGGGCUACAGCGAACUGUUCCCAAAGUGGACGAGGAACUGGCUGCCAUUUUGGAAGCAGUACCUUCAGGCCUGGGACAACAUGUUUGACUUUGCUAUAAAGGCUGUGGACAAGAAGAUGGUGCAGAUUCAAAAACUGAUGGAUGCUGGGCAUUCAGUGGAGGGGCAGUAUCUGACCCACCUGCUGGCCAAUGAGAAGAUGAGCCAGUCUGAGAUGUACAGCAGCAUCACUGAGCUCCUUUUGGCUGGAGUGGACACGACGGCAAACACCUUGUCCUGGGCCCUGUACUCUCUGGCCAAAAGUCCUGAAAUUCAAGAAUCCGUCUUCAGGGAGAUAUGGAGCAGCUGUCCAGGAGAGAAGAUCCCAACAGCUCAGGAUCUCAGCAAAAUGUCCCUGCUGAGGGCUGUCAUCAAAGAGACACUGAGGUGA